GGCGCCGGCUGCCGAUCCCGCCGUUGGCCACGGCGGAGGUGCCCCGCGUGCGGCGCCGACGGCUGCGCCACAAGACCACCGCCGCGGGUGCUGACGGCGGCCCCGACCUGGCCCCGCUCGCCGACGCGGCGCCGCCGCCGCUCCCGCCGCCCGAGGAGAAUCCGCCCGGCGCCUGGGUCGCCGCUGCGCUGGAGGACGCCGGCAGCUACUGCCAGCAGGUGGAGCUGACCGCGUCGGCGGUGCUGCGAGGGCGGUUCGGCCUGGAUCGCAACGAGCACGGCGACUGGCACCCUAUCGAGUACGGAAAGGACGAGGACGCUGGCUCUUGGACGGACGGGAAGCUGGUCGCCGCCGACUGCACGGCCCCCGAGGUCGAGGUGCUUGGCGGCACGCCCGCCGCCGCGGCCUCUGCAGGCGCUGAGGCCCAGUGGGGCCUUCGCACGUGCUGGAUCGACGUGGGCGAGACAGGAGCGCGCUUCGAGGAAUUGCGCAAAGUGGUGCAGGAGGGCACCCAAGAGGUGCAGUCUUUGAUAGAGUGCGUGCACCUGGCUGGGACUGACGACCAGGUCAACAUGGGGGCCCUCGCGUCGCUAGAGGUGGUCGCUAGGAGGCUGCUCCGGUACACGGAGGCCUACGCGCAUGGAGCGGACCAGGCCAAUUGGGGGGCGGCGAAGCACCUGGCGGGGACGUCUAACCCGCUAGACCUCGCGCCCGACGCGCUCAGGAGCUAUGCCAGCCGCCUCUCGAGGAAAGAGCAUGAGUUGGAGGCGGCGCGGGCCCGCGCGAAGGCCCCGGGAGUCACGCCCGCGGAGGCCUCGCGGGCUGAGGCGGCGGCCCUGGGCGCUCGCUGGCUGGCAGCUGCCGGGGGCCCCCCGAGGGCCGAGGCAGGCGGCGACGACGGGCGCGGCAGAGGCAGACGCGAGGGCAAUCAGGGGCUGCAGGGAUCGCCGUUCUUGCCGCUGGCCCCACUCACGGCCUUGCCGGAGGAGUGGCGCGAGGGCCUCAGCAGGGGGGAGGUGAGCCGCCUCAAGAUGAAAGCCAUACGGGUGGAUGUGCAGCAGCGCGUCUUUGCGGCGGCCCGCCGUUGGGUCGGCGUUGACAGCGCCAUCACGGAGGAGGAAGCUCUCGCCCGGCCUGUCAAGGGCAAAGCGGGAUACGCCCCGCUUGGCUCCACCAGCAUGAGCUCCCACGAGUACUCGCGGGCCAGUUUGCCCGAGAGCGUCGUCGACGCUCCCAGUCUGGCGACCACGCUGCCCGCGCAGGCGAGGCUCUAUCUCAAGGAGCUCGCCACCAGGAUGCUGGUUCCGCCAAAGGAGGCCGCUUUAAUGCAGGAGAUUCACGGACUCCCUGGGCGUCUCACCGACCUCCUUCUGCUCCAGCGACCUCGGAGCCAUGGGAAGUUCGUCAGGCGCACCUUGUCGGUCGGCCUCGCCACGUUGACGCGACGGCUUUUGAGCGUGUUGGGCUUGUUUUUUUUUUUCGUGAAGAAGAAUGAUGGAGCGCGCCCUCGGCUCAUCGUCGACUGCAGGCGCGGCAACGCAUUAUUUCGUCCUCCACCGGGCAUGGAUCUACUGUCGGGCGAGGGGCUCGGUCGCACCGAGAUGCCAUCGCUGGAGGGGCGUGACUUGGCGGAGCUACGCGCGGUGCUGGGAGUUGGCGACGUCGCCGAAUGUCUCCACGGGAUGAAGCUGGAGGGCGGUAUCAGGCGUUACUUCUGCUGGCCGCCACUGGAUGCCUUUGUGACUGGAGCGGCGUUGGUCCAGGGAUCGCCUGUGGCCAUGGGCGAACAGGUGUGGCCCAUGAGUCAGAGUAUUCCUAUGGGUUUUUCGCUGUCCUUGUAUUUCGAACAGGCCGCGAACCAGGCCAUCGGGCUGGAGGAGCGCCUCGCACAGGCCGCGUUGACCAAGGCGCAGCGGGACUUCGAGAGCGACCAGCUGAAGUUCCAUUGGGUGGAGGUGCAGCCCAGUGGCGGGCGGACCCUCGGCUGUUACGUCGACGGCAACCAAGCAACACGUCCGACGGACGAGCGGUUCGCCAUUGUGCGCAAGGGCUUCCGAUGCUUGCUCAGGCGUCGCAAGGUUCUGUCCAUAUUCAAUUCGGCGCAUGCGUUCGCGGCGCAGAGCGACCACGCUUUCUCCAUGCUGUGGCCUACGGUGCGAGAGGAGCUCGAGAGUUACCUCAGCAUCACGGCGCUGCUGGAGUCGCGCUGGACCAGAGGGUGGGCCCCCAUCGUCUACUCUUCGGACGCGAGCCUGUACGGCUACGGCGUGGCGGCGGCCUGCUUCGAGCCCGCGACCGUGGCCGAAAUCGGGCGGGCAUCCGAGCUGUCGCGGCGGCGGCUUGGCGCUGGGCUGGCGCGGCAGCACGCUUUUGAGCGCGCUGGUUUCCUGCCGGACAGCUCCACCGGCGAG